AUGGCUAACCACGGUCCGGGCUCAGGCAAUAGGGGCCAGGCCAAUCCCAUGUAUGUGACUACAACAGGUGGAAAGAACAAUCCGAAACAGAUUCAUGUUGCUCACAGAAGAUCUCAAAGUGAAUUAACAAAUCUGAUGGUGGAACAAUUUACUUUACAAAAACAGCUGGAGAUGGUCCAGGCUAAGCAGCAGCAAUUGUGGAUCCAGCAGCAGCAGUUGGCUCAGCAGACUGGACAAUUUCUAGGCCAACCGGGCAAUAGUAAUCCUUCGGGUAACUCAGGAUUCUUGCCUCCUCACCCACAUUUCAAUAAUGGCAACAACAGUCCGACAGGAAAUUCUGGUUAUAGAAGUAGAUCACAUUCAAGAAAUAAUUCUGGAUUCUACGAUAAUAAUAAUAGCAAUAGUGGGCACAAGAAAACAGGAUCACAAUCGAGCAUAUAUGGGCAUGCAAGAAGACACUCCAUAGGACUGAACGAGGCAAAGAAAGCUGCUGCAGAGGAACAGGCUAAGAGAGUAGCUGGAAAUGUAACUGUGAAGAUCGAGUCUUCGUCACCCACGAUCGGAAGCAAUGAGGGCGGCGAUCAGAAAACGUUUGACUCCCAGCAGUCUUACAAGUUUCCGGCAUCCGGUUCGGCGCAAUCGGGCCACCGUCGUACUAAUUCAUCGAACCAGUCGUCAUCGUUCAAAUUUCCUGCUACGCAAUCGCAGUACAACCAAAAGGAAAACGACAACGAGGGAGAUGAUUUUAUUCCCACCCCAACAGGGCACCGCCGCUCAAGAUCGAGGAAUAAUGAGUACUCCCCUGGUAUUAAUUCCAACUGGAGGGCACAGUCACAAUCGCUAAGUCAAGGACAAGGCCAAAGUCAACAACCAUCUCCGUUUAAUCACAGAACUUCCAAUUCCAGAGACUUUGGAUACAAUUCUUUCAACAGUUUGGAGCCCCCAGCGGUUUUCCAGGCAGGUCAUAAACAUCGCACAUCAAAUACUUCGGUCCACAGUUUCAACUCACAGAAUAACCCAAAUGCGAGAAAAUCACUGUUUGCCCCUUAUUUGCCUCAGGCUAACAUCCCGGAAUUGGUCCAGGAGGGGCGACUAGUUACCGGGAUCCUGCGUGUGAACAAGAAGAACCGGUCUGAUGCUUGGGUGUCUACGGAGGGCGUGCUAGACGCAGAUGUCUACAUUUGCGGAUCAAAAGACCGUAACAGAGCUUUGGAGGGAGAUCUAGUGGCCGUCGAAUUGUUGGUCGUUGAUGAUGUGUGGGGUUCGAAGAAGGAGAAGGAAGAAAAGAAGAGAAGAAAGGAUGCAUCAAGCCAGCAUGACUACAUAUCGUUGAACAGCUCUGAUGACUACCACAAUGAUGCAAGCGCUACGGCAACCAUAACGUCUAAUACUACAUCCACUGGCGCCGCUUCGUCAUCUUCUUCGUCUGUAGUUGGCGAUGAAAGUGGUCAGCUGGAAGCAAAAUCAGCAGGCGACUCUGAAGAUCAAUCUCCCUCAAAGCCUGGUGUCAGAAGAAAGAAUUCUUUGAAGCAGCGCCCUACUCAGAAGAAGAACGAUGAUGUUGAAGUUGAGGGCCAGUCCCUGUUAUUGGUCGAAGAAGAAGAGAUCAAUGAUGAUUUCAAGCCACUUUAUGCCGGUCAUGUCAUCGCUGUGCUAGACAGAAUACCUGGUCAACUUUUCAGCGGAACGUUGGGACUAUUGAGACCUUCUCAGCAAUCUCACAGCGACAACAAUAAACCACAGCAAGCACCAAAGAUUGUCUGGUUCAAGCCCACGGAUAAAAAAGUUCCAUUAAUUGCAAUCCCAACAGAACUUGCACCAAAGGACUUCAUCGAAAAUGCUGACAAAUAUGCAGACAAGCUUUUUGUUGCGUCCAUCAAGCGUUGGCCUAUUACCUCUUUGCAUCCUUUCGGUAUCCUGGUAUCCGAGCUGGGUGAAAUCAAUGACCCUGAUACGGAGAUUGACUCUAUUCUCAGAGACAGCAAUUUCUUGUCUAAUGAAUAUCUAGAUCCAAAGAAUCCCUCUUUGGAGAAAGCAAGUUUUCAAGCAUUACCAAUGGCGGACGAAAGUUUACAGAACAGAAGACAAUUUGUUGAUCAAGAGACCUAUGAGAUCUUCUCCAUCUACGAAUCCUCACAUUUUUCAGACUUUGCUGUUCAUGUAAGAGAGAACAUCGACGAAACGGGCUCGAUUGAACUUGGGUGCCAUGUAGUAGAUGCAACAGCUUAUAUCGAAGAAAAUUCCUCACUCGACAGAAGGGCUAGAAAAAGAUCCACUGCUGUAUUCAUGCCUCAGAAAGUCGUCGAUUUGCUGCCUCAAGCUGUGAACGCAUCAUUAACUUUUGCUGCUGGCAAAAAGUCAGCGACCAUAUCAGUUGUCUAUACGUUAGACAAGAAGACACUCAAAGUCAAAUCUACGUGGAUUGGAGAAUCCACCGUACAGCCCUUCGCUCCGUUUGUGGUGGAUAAGCUGACAAGCGCAAGUCCAGGAAGCGCACAAGCAAAUUUUGCUUCAAUCCUGGGAAAGAUUGCGUCUACAUUUUAUGCUGAGCGUAUAAGGAUGCAAGGGGCUGAACUGGAGGUUUAUUUGCCAUUGAUGGCUAGCUUGGACGACGAGAAGGUUAACGUGGAUCUAAAUAUACUCGAAAGACCAUUGGGGUCAACAAUCAUUAGCGAGAUUAGGACAAAAGUUGACAGCUCUGUUGCAGAGAAGAUAUACACAAAGCUGGGAGACUAUAGCUUCCUUAGAAGACAGGUUCAGCCAGUGCACACGAAAAUGAUGUCAUUCCAGAAGAAAGUUCAGAAAUUCGGCUAUGACAUUGAUAUAAGCUCAUCUGACGCCCUGAUUCAAUCGAUACUCCAGAUCAAGGAUGAAGAUGUAAGAACUGGCGUGGAAAUAUUACUAUUCAAAACUAUGCCAAGAGCUCGUUACUUUAUUGCUGGUAAAGUAGACCCCGACCAAUAUGGCCAUUUCGCAUUGAACCUUCCUUUGUAUACACAUUUCUCUGCUCCCUUGAGAAGAUAUGCUGAUCAUGUUGUCCACAGACAACUGAAGACGGUACUUAGCGGCAGCCCAUAUAACGAGGAUCUCGAAUCUUUGAAGAUAACCUCCGAGUACUGCAACUUCAAGAAGGAUUGCGCCUAUCAAGCUCAGGAACAAGCUGUUCAUUUGUUGCUUUGUAAGACGAUAAACGAUAUGGGAAAUGCUACAGGUCAACUACUGACAAUGGCCACGGUAUUGCAAGUUUACGAAUCUUCUUUCGACGUUUUCAUUCCUGAGUUUGGUAUUGAGAAAAGAGUACAUGGCGAUCAGCUACCGUUGAUCAAAGCCGAAUUUGAUCCUGCUAAUAGAAUCCUGGAGCUUCAUUGGCAACCUGGCGUAGACAGUGCUACCUUCGUCCCUGCUGAUGAAAAAAACCCCAAGUCUUACAGAACAUCGAUCAAGAACAAAUUUAGAUCCACCACUGCUGAGAUUGCAGCGAUGGAAUUUGAGAAAAAGGCGAAAGGCGAACCUCUAGUAAGUGAAAUCUUGACGAAAGAACUGUCCAGGCUUGGUUUGAAGGUCCCCAAAUUAAGGCUUCCAGCCCUGAAAGAUAAUGAAGACCCACUCGACUGCUUCCUCAGUACCGCCGUUACAAGUAAGAAAAAUGACAACUGCAUUCAGGAGAUUCAUGAACUACAGAAAGUGCCUGUGCUUCUCAGGGCGGAAGUGGGCAUGGCACUCCCUUGUCUUUCUGUGCGUGCCCUAAAUCCUUUCUUAAAGAAGGAGUAA